CUAGAGCCUGUGGUAGACACCCGGUAGAUGUGAGUGCAUUUCGUCUUUUCAGACGUCUGAGGAAGUAUUCCAGUUUAAACAAAAGACACACCUGUAACAAAAACCUAAGACCUCAGAGAUGUCUGAAGUGACAGUCCUUGAUUAUGGAGCUGGAAAUAUUCAAAGUCUCAUCAAUGCUCUAAAACGUCUUGGUUACAAUGUAAAAUUUGUGAAGGAUCCCAAGGAUAUCCUAAAUGCAAAAAGGCUGAUCUUCCCAGGUGUUGGAGCCUUUGGAAGUGCAAUGGCUCUCCUUGAAAGCAGGGGUUAUGUGGAACCACUUAAGAUGUAUGUCCAACAAGACAAGCCAUAUUUAGGAAUUUGUCUAGGCCUUCAGACAUUGUGUGAUGGCAGUGAAGAGUCUCCAGGUACAAAAGGCUUAUCUGUGAUACCUGCUACUGUAAUGCAAUUCAAUAAGGCUAAAGGUCUUGCUGUUCCACAUAUGGGCUGGAAUGGACUGAAGCUUCAUAAGGCAUCAGCCCUGUUCCAAACUGGUUUCUCCAAGGAAGAAAAAGUCUACUUUGUCCACUCAUAUGCUUUAUAUUCACAAAGCAAGGAGAUUGAUGAUUGGGUUCUUGCUACCACUGAUUAUGGAGAGGAGUUUGUCAGCAUUGUGCAAAAGGGAAAUAUUGUUGCUACACAGUUCCACCCAGAGAAAAGUGGAGAAAUAGGAAUUAGUAUAAUCAAGAGCUUCUUGGAAAGUUUCCCAAUCAGUGCAAAGCCUGCAAGGGUUCCUUACCAACUGCCCAAUGCCAGUGAGCCAACACAACUUGGUCAUCGCAUCAUUGCUUGUCUUGAUGUCCGCAGUAAUGAUCAAGGUGACCUUGUAGUCACCAAAGGUGAACAAUAUGAUGUGCGUGAACAAUCUAUUACAGAGAAUAUUCAUUCUGUCACACAAAGUAAGGGUGCUGUGAGAAACCUUGGGAAACCUGUAGAGUUGGCACGUAGGUAUUUCAAGGAAGGAGCAGAUGAAAUAGUAUUUUUGAAUAUUACAAGCUUCAAAAACUGCCCUCUCCAUGAUAUUCCAAUGCUAGAGGUACUUAGGCAAGCAUCUCAAAAUAUUUUUGUCCCGCUCACCAUUGGGGGUGGUAUUCGUGAGAUACAUGCCCCAAGCAAAGCUGGUGACCAAACUAAGAUGAAGUGUUACUCUGCUGUGGAAGUGGCAGCUGAAUACUUCAGAUCUGGAGCAGACAAGGUGUCCAUCGGCAGUGAUGCAGUGUAUGCAGCUGAGAACUACAUAUCAUCUGGUGGGAUAGCAACUGGUCAAACCUCUAUUGAAACAAUAGCAGCUGCAUAUGGAAGUCAGGCAGUAGUUAUCUCAGUUGACCCUAAGCGAGUUUUUGUUCCAUCCCCGAAAGCUGUGCAACAUCAUGUGAUUCAUACAAACUACCCUGGUCCAUCAGGAGAAGAAUUCUGUUGGUACCAGUGCACAGUGAAAGGAGGGCGAGAGUUGCGAGGUAUUGGAGUGUAUGAAAUGGUGCAGGCUUGUGAAGCCCUUGGUGCAGGAGAAAUUAUGCUUAACAGUAUUGACAGGGAUGGAACUAAUAGUGGUUAUGAUCUUGAACUGGUUACCAUGGUUAAAGAAGCUGUUGGUAUUCCAGUGAUUGCUUCCAGUGGUGCUGGUAAUGUUGAUCACUUCUCUGACGUGUUCCAAGGUGCACAUGCUGAUGCAGCACUAGCAGCAGGAAUAUUUCACCGAAACACUGUUACAAUCAGGGCUGUUAAAGAGCAUUUGUUGAGUGAAGGGAUCCCUGUCAGAGUCAACACAGACUGCUAAAAAAAAAUUACCUUAAAUUUACAUUCAGACACCAUCUGUGAUAAAGUAUCAUAAAUUUUUCUAAAUAAUAAUCAGUCUCAGUUGAGGCUAGAAAUAAGAACUCCCUGAAAAGACCUGUCUGCUGACAUUUAAAGGAUAGUUAUAGUCAGGGCGAAGGGUUGAAAAAUGUUCACUUUUAACCCUUGAACUCCCAGAAAUGUUUAAGAUGUAACUUAUCAGUACAAUAUCCUUACAUUACCCAACAAAAAGGUCAUGAGAAAACUCACACUUAAUAGGUAGAAGUUGCGAUCUUGAUCUAUCACCAAAUUUUCAUAACAUACGUGUAAGGAAAUGUGUAGCAUCUAGAGGGCAGAAUAAAAAUCACAUCUUGGGAGUUCAAGGGUUAAAAUAGUUUGGUUCUUGCUGACAAAAACAGCCAUCUCACAUUGAGCUUCCUAUUUCAUCAUUGGAAAAGCAACCAAGAUCGUAAGCCGCCUCUAAACUUCAAUUCAUGUGUGUUUUUCUGUUUUUCAAAGAACAUGCUUUUAAUUACUAAGGUUACAAACCUUCAGACAUCCAUUGGUGGCCCAUGCAAGUUGUAAUUAAAAAUAAUUUUCUUAAGCUACUGAGGAUAAAGGUUAUAUAAAAUGAAGAAGGUAGUAAUAUUCCUUCCUAAAUUUAUUUAAAGGAUAGUUUGAGGAAUUGUAAAAUUGAUACAUGCAUGAAUGUCACAUUAUUCAACUGGGAAAGAAAGGGAUGACAGAGAGUCUUUUUCUCAAUUUUUGGUAAAACAUGUUUGUUGACAGGGUAAUUUUUACUUAAUACCCCCAUCUGAAUUGUAAAAGUAUUCUCAUUGCUGAAGGACGACAUUUAAUGUCCAUUGAGCAUUGUAGCCUUAGAUGUUGAGAAUUAAGUGUCUGAUCACUUUCCUCUGGCAGUCUGCUUUUGGAAUAUUACCGUGGGGUUUUUAAUUAGCCUUUCACCCAAUGAAUAUAUCAUUUGAGUAACCAAUCACUCCCAAGUGAUACUUUCAGCUCAGUUGUUUGCAUUUGAUCAUACUAGUAUUUACUGCAUCGUAUUUAUUAAAAGAUAAUUUAUAAGCAAUGUCGUGUAAAGUACAAAUACACUGGCUGUAUGCAAUA